UUUACUCUUUUGUUUGGUAAGAAAGCGAAGAUUACUUUACAUUCCUUCGUAAAAUGCUCUACAAAUCAGUCAUUAGCAUCAGUUAGUUCGCUCUGGUUCGACCUUGUUGUCAAUUAUCUCUCCUUAAUCUUGUCAUACGAUCGUUCCAUGGACCGAAGAGAAGAUUAUCAGGCUGGCAACGGCAACGGCAAUGGAGCUGUCGUCGCCUUGAGUCGCCCUUUGAUGGCUAGCCAGAGACUUCGGUUGAGUCCAAGCACCGAGCAUAUUCCAGAGAACUAUGAUGAUCUUCAAUUGGAGUUUAGUCCUUCUGUUUUCAGCUCGCUUGAGCGAUACCUACCUCCGAGCAUGUUGAGUGCUUCGCGAAACGCUAAGAUUCAGUACAUGAGAGAAAUAUUGGCGCGGUAUUUGCCCGAGGGAGAGCGGAUCAGAGUUCAGAGGCAUAGAGAACACCGGCAGAGGAUAAUAUCAAGUUACCAGCCUUUAUAUAGAGAGCUAUACACUUUAAACCCAGGAAAGUUCUUUGCCCAAUCAUUUAUCAAAGCAGUUGGUGAUAAUACAGAGGAGAGCUUAAGAAGUAUAAUAUCAGAACCCUCGCCAGGAGUUUAUACCUUUGAAAUGCUUCAGCCAAGCUUUUGUGAAUUGUUGUUAUCUGAGGUGGAUAAUUUUGAAAAGUGGGUUCGUGAAUCCAAAGUCACAAUCAUGCGUCCAAACACUAUGAAUAAAUAUGGUGCUGUUCUUGAUGAUUUUGGCCUGGAAACCAUGCUUGAUAAGCUCAUGGAUGACUUCAUUCGCCCUAUGUCUAGAGUGUUCUUUCCUGAAGUUGGUGGAUCCACGCUUGAUUCUCAUCAUGGCUUUGUUGUUGAAUAUGGAAAGGAUAGGGAUGUUGACCUGGGUUUCCAUGUGGAUGACUCAGAAGUAACUUUGAAUGUGUGCUUGGGUAAGCAGUUUUCUGGUGGAGAACUGUUCUUUCGAGGCGUUCGAUGUGAUAACCAUGUAAACACAGAGACUCAACCUGAGGAAAUCUUAGACUACUUCCAUGUUCCGGGAAAAGCUGUGCUUCAUCGCGGUCGCCACCGGCAUGGUGCCAGGGCCACAACUGUUGGGCAUAGGAUCAACUUACUUCUAUGGUGCCGAAGUUCGGUCUUCAGAGAGCUGAAGAAGUAUCAGAAAUUUUUUUCCAGCUGGUGUGGAGAGUGCCAACGUGAGAAGAAAGAGAGGCAACUUCAAUCAGUAGCCACCACCAAACAGUAACCCUAAAUUCACAUGAAGACGAUGCUACUCAACUUUUACAACCUAGCGGAUAAAUCUUGGAACACUUGAAACGUUGAAUGUCUCUUCAGGAAGUCCCUCAAUAUUCUCACCAUGAUGCAUGAAGGAGAAAGUCAUCUUGUCUGUAUGGGUAGAAAUGAUCUGGUGAGAUUUGAAGGAAGGAAAACCUUGCGGUAGGUGAAACUUAGAGUCAUGGAUUAUACAAAUAACUUGAAUUCCUAAAAGGAUGUGGUCUGUUAGAAGUCUGUCCAUUAAAACAGUAUAAAUGGUUUAAUAUUUGAUUUAGUUUGGAUGAUAAUAAUAGACUGAUGUUGUUAGAUUUAAAUCUAAAAGUUUUUACAAUUGGGGAGGGACUGUGUAUUCUGUUCAUAUGGUUGUCACAUUGUGUUUUAACGAAUGGAGAUUCCGAGUUGCAAGUGUGAAUA